AUGCAAUCUACACUGAUGGGACCAAAGGCACUCGAACACGUAAUAGGAAAGUCGUUUCAGGACAAGAAACUGAGCUCAGGAGACAUUCAGGUGGAGGUCAACAACAAAGAACAAAGCAUAGCACUGCAAUCUCUAAAGAACAUCGGGGAGAUAGCUGUUUCAGUUACAACCCACCGAACUCUGAACACCGUUAAGGGAGUCAUUUCCGAAGAAGAGUUAAUCGAGUGCAGCGAAACUGAAAUCGAAGAGGGCUUGAAAGAGCAAGGCCUCGUCUCUGCCAAGCGGAUAAUUAUGCGGAGAGAUGGCAAGGAGAUCCCGACAAAGCACAUCAUCCUGUCAUUUAAGCUGCACACACUUCCAUCUACCAUCAAAGCCGGUUAUGUCAAUUGCCAUGUCAGGUCAUUUAUUCCAAACCCUCGUCGCUGUUUCAAAUGCCAGCGGUUUGGGCACAGCUCCCAAGUCUGUCGAGGACAGUUGGUGUGUCCCAGAUGUGCUGGCAAAGAACAUACUCCGGAGUCCUGCACAAAAGACUUCCACUGUGCUAACUGUGAGGGGGGGCACCCGGUCUAUUCUCGGUCCUGCCCACGAUGGAAAGAAGAAAAAGAAAUAUUGAAAAUAAAAACAGAACAGAACUUAAACUACAGAGAUGCACGAGCACAGCUCAAGUUCAGAAAGAAAGGAAGUUUUUCCGACGUGGUGCGUAGGGGAGUGGCACUACCGAGGAAGUCCGUGGAGACACAGACCUGUUUUUCGGGUUCUGAGUCCCCACUCUACACUCCCCAACCUGAGAAGGCUGGAGACACUCCGGUGUCUUCUGCCGUGACGGAGGCCAGCCGUUCAACUGGCCGCAGAGAAACAGCCACGGCCUCCUCUAAGGUCGAUGGCACACAGUCGGUUUGGGACGGCGUCGUAAAAACCCCUUCCCAAAAAGGCACCCAAGGUAUGGAGGUCGACGAUGACGACUGCAUGUCGCAGAAGUCAUCGUCGAGCCUCCCCAGCAUUCCUUCACAAGGGAAGGAAAAACGAGAAAAAGGACGAGGAAGGGGUUUCAAAGGGAAUGACCAACAGAAACAACCCCUGCGACGGGUCCAACCUCCCUAA